CCUCUGUCAAGAUUUUUAUGCGUUUCUUCUUUAAUUCAACUCUUUUGUGACCAUAAAAACUCAAAAUGAAGAGGCACAACAACACAUUCAACCCUAAAGCAAAGAUUCACAUCUAUACUCCAUCAUCUAGCAGUGAUGAUCAGUGGGGGAGCCUGCAGACUGAUCAGGAGCAUGCGAGGAUCCGUUCCAACAUGUCUCCGCUCACUUCUGAUACUUCCACUUCUGUGUCUUUCACUUCGCUGUCUUCUUCUAUAACCAGAUUCCGAACUGACUUCGACGAGUUAAAAUGCAAGAUGAGGAUAUUCGGGGAAUCCCUGAAUUUAUGCCGUUGCAUCGCGAGCGACUUCAAGAACAAGCUCCUAGCUAUGGAACGAAGAUUGGAGUACCUGGAGAGACGGCAGAAGAUGGAGCGGAGUGAGAGCAACUAUUCGGCCAUCAUACAGAAGAACAAGCUUCUGUCGCACAAGACGUUGCAAGAUGCGAAAGUAAGUUGUAUGUAUUCCUAA